AUGAAUUUAUGGACUUUUGUUCCCCGGCUCAACUUUGAUGCUUCCGCUUCAUUCAUCAGGGCGGCAGAUGAAGUGUGCAAAGCAUAUGAAGAGGACCGCGCCAACCACCGAGCUGAAUGUCAGGAGAUGAAUGUGAUGCAUUGCAUGGCUAUUGGGAGAGAGAGACUUAAUUUUAUUAAGUGGACAAACCAAUCGCUGCAAUCCCACCAAGCUUUGGUGUUGGAUGGAUUCAGGGUUUGUUGUGAUUUGGACGUUUCCUUUCAGGCACAGAUUGACAAUUGGGUUCAUGCCUUUUCUAGGGGGGAAACUUGGGUUGUUGACUGGGCUGAGGAGAUUAAUCCUGGUAUUACGAGAGCCGGGUUUGUUCGGUGUUUCGCUGAUAAGGGCGUCACCCAACUUGGAGGAGUUAGUAGUGAAGCGGGAAUGGGAAACGGAUACUGCAGAAUUGGAGGACAGCAGAUGAAUGUUGAAGUAUUUAAGGUUGUUCGCUCACCAUUAUCAUCUCAAAGUGAUAAGAGUUAA